CGUACGCCGCAAGCGAUUAAACUAAAUACACCAACACGCAGCGCCACUACAUGUGCUAUACUGGCGCGCUGCCGCCUUACCUACAUAUCGAGAUGGCGGAGAGUUCCAUUGGAGGAGGAGAUUGAGUAGCCGUAACCGUACGACGAUGGAUGGAUCAUUGUUUCUAGCUUAACUUCUUGUUAUUACAUAUUUAUAAAGCUUUGUAAACAAAAUUAUUGGAUCUACCUAGUUAGGACAAAAAAUUCCUCAAAAUAAAUGACACUAUUUCUGCAACAAAUUAAAGAACAACUAAAGACCUUGAAGAUGUCCAGAUUCCGCUUUGGACGUCAACAUGAUGGAUAUCGCCUAGUAUCCAAUGACGACAGCGGCUUCUCCGAUGCACAAUUUGAGGUUCCACCGCCCAAAAUACCAUGGAAAGCUAUUUCUUUAGCAGCAUUCCUGUUUGUUGUGGGUACAGCUCUACUUAUUGCUGGCAGUUUAAUUGUAACUGGGCACAUAGACACUAAGUAUUCUGACCGACUGUGGCCUAUGAUAGUUUUAGGCUGUAUUAUGUUCCUGCCAGGAGCAUACCACAUAAGGAUAGCAUAUUAUGCAUAUAAGGAGUAUCCUGGUUACAGUUUUGCUGACAUUCCAGAGUUUGAAUAGUAUUGUUUUAAUGUGAAAUAGAUACUUGAUGUGUUAAUGUUCGUUAGAUCUGUUUCUGACUGUUUAUACAUUGUUUUCCAUGUAGUUGUGUUUUUGUAAUAUUUUAUGCAUAAUUAACCACAUAAUAUGUAGAUGAUUAUUUAUUGAAUGUUAAUUACAAUGUCUGUAGAACACACAUUUAUGUACUAUAAUAUAAAUAAGCAGAUUUUUUUGUAAAACAACAUGUUUUGACAUAAUGUAUUACAUGUUUUGUGUACUUAUUUUUGGUCUAUGUAUGUAUGUCUAUUUGAAUGUGAUUUUAAGUAUAAUGUUAGGUUGUAAGUAGCUUUGCUAAAAAUAUGUUUAUGUGUUGUAACAUUAUAAAUACAAAACAUUGCAAUUAA